ACCGAGGGGAGAGGACACAUCGCUUUCGCUCCAGGACUCGGCACCUCCUCCUCGCAUCUCCUCCAGCAAUCUAACUUGUGUGGGUUACCUGGCUAUGUUACCCGUGUUAAACCAAGGACAGCUAUAGUGGUAGUGGGUGUAGAGCCAGUGGGCGGUGAGAGUGGGCCAAGGGGGAAUAGUGGUUAGUGGUGAAUAAAGAAAAUGUCCCGAAUCAAGCUUCGAUUCCUGAGACAUUUGGUGAUACAGAUGUGUUUCGCUCUGGCAAUGAUCGUCACCGGCUGCGUCGCCAACCCGGACGCCAAGAGACUUUACGACGACCUCCUGAGUAACUACAACCGCCUCAUAAGACCCGUUUCGAACAACUCGGAGAAGCUCACCGUAAAGCUGGGGCUCAAGCUCUCCCAGCUCAUCGAUGUGAACUGGCACGACUACAAGCUGCGUUGGAAUCCCGAUGACUACGGAGGCGUGGAGAUGCUCUACGUCCCCUCGGAGCACAUCUGGCUGCCCGAUAUUGUGCUCUACAACAACGCCGACGGGAACUACGAAGUGACGCUGAUGACGAAGGCGACGCUGAAGUACACCGGCGAGGUCGUCUGGAAACCCCCGGCGAUCUACAAGUCGUCCUGUGAGAUCGACGUCGAGUGGUUUCCGUUCGACGAGCAGUCCUGCAACAUGAAGUUCGGGUCGUGGACUUAUAACGGAUUGCAGGUCGACCUGAAACACAUAGAGCAGGUCAAGGGCAGCAACAUCGUCCCCAUCGGCAUCAACCUGAGGGAGUUCUACAUGUCCGUGGAGUGGGACAUCCUGGAAGUCCCAGCCAAGAGGAACCAGGAGUAUUUCCCGGGCGCUCCCGAGCCCUACCCAGACAUCACCUUCAACCUGACGAUGAGACGCAAGACCCUGUUCUACACCGUCAACCUCAUCAUCCCCUGCGUCGGCAUCUCGUUCCUCACGGUCCUCGUCUUCUACCUGCCGUCGGAUUCGGGAGAGAAGGUGACUCUGUGUAUCUCCAUCCUGCUCUCCCUCACCGUGUUCUUCCUCCUGCUGGCGGAGAUCAUCCCCCCCACCUCCCUCGCCGUGCCGCUGCUGGGGAAGUACCUGCUCUUCACCAUGAUCCUCGUCACCCUCUCCAUCUGCGUCACCGUCGGCGUGCUCAACGUGCACUUCAGUGAUCCUUACAGCGAGACGUUCGUGGAAAUCCGUGGAGAGCGAGGCAGUCUCGGAGGAGGAGGCGGAGGCGGAGGAGGAGGCGGCGGAGGAGGCAACGGCGGAUAUAAGUUCAGCGAGGAUUUCCUCUCGUCACACGCCACAGGGAAGUGCGACCUGGGCGGCUGCCACCUGCACAACCAGAGGACCUACUCCCCCGAGAUCCAGAAGGCCAUCGAGGGCGUCCAGUUCAUCGCUCAACACAUCAAGGACGCCGACAGAGACAACGAGGUGAUCCAAGACUGGAAGUACGUGGCCAUGGUGCUCGAUAGACUUUUCCUGUGGGUGUUCACCAUUGCGUGUGUGGUUGGAACGUGCGGCAUCAUAUUCCAGGCUCCUUCGCUGUAUGACACGAGGAGUCCUAUCGACCAAAUGUACUCUGAGAUCGGGACUGCUAGCUCGACGCUGUAAACAACCGCCACGGAAGCUAUCCUUCAGACGUACUUCCUUUUAAUCCGUGUGCAUCUGUGUCUGCGUAGGGUGUGUGUGUACGUGGAUCCGUGGAGGGAGUUUGUGUACGUGUGGGGGAGUGUUUGUGUUCCGUUUGUGUACGUGUGUUACGUGUAAAUAUAUUUUUUUCCUUCCUGUCUUCUACUUCUCCAUGUAUAUUCGGUAAAUUUCGUCGUUACUAAUGUGAGAACUCGUCAACUGUGAGAAAGUUUCAAUCAUUUUUGUUUCUUGUCGUUUGCUUUCUUAGAAAAAAAACAAAAACAAAGAUGUCUAUCGUGCGAGACUAAUGAAGAGUUUACGUGUAAUAAUUAGUCUUCAUUUUAAGUAUUUUUUUUUCUUUCUUUUUUUGUCUUUACUACAAAUAUAGUAGAUUUGGCUUAGUGUAGGUCGUGCAUCUUUCUUUCGAAUUCUAGAAGUUACUUGGCGAGCUGAGCAAAUCUCGCUUCUGGACUCGAGAGAUUAGGCGAGAGAGGUCAAACGAGGCCAAUCGAGGCGUGGAACCUUAAAAGACAAAUCAAGCAACUGUCAGAGAGAUCAUGCAAUCGUUAGAUCAUGUAAUUGUCAGAUAGAUCAUACGAUUGUCAGAUAAAUCAUACAAUUGUCAGAUAAAUCAUGUGUCAGAUAAAUCAUACGAUUGUCAGAUAAAUCAUACGAUUGUCACACAGAUCAUGCGAUUGUCAGACUGAUUAUGCAGUUGUCAGACAGAGCAGUUAUUGGAAAGAUCAUGAAAGAUCUGGCUAUGCAACUGCCAGGCUGAUCAUGCAGUUUUCCUGAUAACUGACAGCUGACAGGUCUUUGGAUGAAAAUGAUAAAAAAAGGCUUCAAAAUGGCAGGGGUAUCAGUCAGAAUUAAAAACUGAAGGAUCUAAAGAAUUUUCAAUGAUAUUAUUUACUUAGGAAAUGAAAACAAAGACGUUUCUUAUUUUUCUUGCCAUGAAUUAGGCAGUUUUUUUUUCUUUUUUUUUUAAGGCCCUGUAAACCUACAGGUUACUUGUUGAUGUAAGGUCAUGGGGUCAUACAAAUCGCAAAUUUCAAUCGUCUAGGCCCCCUCGUAUUGCUUGACCUAGUUUUAAACGCGGUUGUCCUUUUUUUUAAUGAAAUUUUAAGAUUGAAGAGAUUUGAUAUUUGAAAAACAAAAAAUGAAGUUUGGCAUUUUUUUUUAAGUGGCCAUAAUGAAAUUAAGAAAAAGAAAGAUUAGUUCAGGUAAAAAAAAAAUGAUACCAAACAUUAUUCAAGAAAGAAACGGAAACAAAAUCAAAGAUAAAUAUGCAUAUAUACACUAAUUUUCCCAAAAUUUGAUCACAGACUUCAAAUCAUAAAGUGAUAUUUUGUGGGGCAUUCUAGGAAUCAUUAUGACUCUUCAAUUCAACAUUGAAAUACACUUGAAACAUGAUGGAGAUACACAUAGAAUAAGAAUAUAUUUUUAUCAUCUUUUCUUGGAUAAACUGAAGUUGUUCAGCCUAUUACACAAUGUCGUAUGAAAGUCCAGAAGGCGGAAAUGAUUCUCAAAUGCCGUUUUCUAUUUUUGCCUUGUUUUAUCGGGCACUUAGAAAAAAAAAUCUUUAUGGACGUGUUGAUAGUGUUAAUACUCUAUAUACGUUAAGUCUUUUAACAGUUCGUCGUGAAAUCAUUAUGCUUUUUUUUUACUCUCUUUCUUUUCUUUUGUGUGUGUGAAAUUUUUUCUGCCAAUCAGGAUUGUGCUUCGUGUUUCCCGCCUUUUUUUUAUCUCGUGUUUCCCGCCAUUUUUUUUUUUCUUAUUUUUUCUCGUGUUUCCCGCCAUUUUUUUUUUCUCUCGUGUUUCCCGCCAUUUUUUCCCCGUGACGUCACUCGGCUUGCGCUUCUUGACAACUUUUUAAGCCCUGUGUAUGUUAAAUAGUAUGGAUCUAGGAACUAAUGUUUAGUGUUUAAGAAGUCAAUUUUUACGUAUUUCUAAGACGUAUUGCGUGCACAUGAUUACCGACAAGGAGUCUUAACAUUUGUUCAAUCGGUGGAGACGUGUUGGAAUUUUUGACCCGAAAUGAAAAAAAGAAAAAAAAAAUCCUUUGCAAUGAAGGAAGGUUUAUCCGUUUGUGGGAGCGCAUGGUUUUAAUACUUAUGAUGUGUAUCUUCGGCUCAAAUACAAUACAAACGUAUAAUUAUGUACAUAAUGAAGUUAGUGUUAGACAAUUUUGAAUAUUUCCAAACCAAGAAUAUAUUUCUUUUUCUUCUCCAUCAAUGUCAUUUGUAACCACUUACCCACAAUAGAAAAAAAACUGUCAGUAUUUUGUUUCACAGAUUUAUGUGAAACUUUUUUGUUUCUCACUACACUGAGAUUCACGUGAAACUUUUUUGUUUCUCACUACACUGAGAUUUAUGUGAAUUUUUUUCAGUCAGGAGAAACGCUUUUACUCUGACAAUCCAAUCCUGUUCUGACUUCAAUUAAUUAUAUUUGCUCCAAUGAAGUCUUUGUUAAGUCCUUUACUGUUUCUAUUUCGGUAAAUGCUGACAAUGUCAUUCUGACUUUUCAUUUGUUCUCCGGGUUUUCAAUAUUUCUCUUUAUUUUUCCUUAACUCUCUCUCUCUCUCUCUCUCUUUCUUUCUUUCUCU